AUGCCCGAGUCUCCAAGUGAGCUAGGUCAGAUACAAUCCCUCCGCCGCUCCCUCACCCUUCCCACCAAAUUAAAUCCUCUCGCGCAACGUCGCUCGAGUGUGCCAAAUACCCCCGAACAUGUAAUUUUUUAUCACCCGUCUGCGAAAAUCGUGCAUUUCUCCCCAAGAGCGCUCGCCCCUAUUCCCUCCAGUUCUGCGCCAUCGGACUUCGACUACCCGGUUGACACCAUCGAAACACUCCCCUGGCGCUCUGCAACUGAAAGGACAGUCGCCACUGCACCACUAAGGCUGGAAAAGGUUCAUGGCUCAACGGCCUUUCUGAAAUGUGGAAAUGUCGUCCAUGCGAUCCUGAAAAACUCGCAGUGUUGGUGUGUUGACGGGGUGUCAAAGUUUGUUUUACGCAUUCGCCCUCUUACAUACUAUCGCAUCGAGAUACCAUACGAGACGGAAGACGACCAGAGUUUGGUGCGGGAUCUGAAGGCCGCGUUGCCAACAGUGCUUCGGUAUGAGGUCACGCCAUGUCCUUUCAAACGCGCUUUCAGCGUUGAGCUCCCAACAGAUGCGAUGGCACCUCGGCGCAAAAAGGCCUGGCAACCCAAAGAUCGGAGAGAAAAGAUACCAACUGUCCUAGAACCUCCGCGAGAGACACCAUCACCCUCUUCGAUCAGGUCGGAUUGUAUCGAUUCCAUGAGCACCGGGGACGACACCGACGGAAACUUAACUGAUGACAGUUGUUUCACCUCGAACAAAGCAAACAGUACAAUUUUGGAGGCUAUUCCCGGCGAUCAGGAAUCAUCUCCUGUUGAAGCUUUGAGUCCUUCCCCAUACCUUGGGCCCCCUAGGCGCUCGGUGUCUGAAGCACCGCAAACUUUCACUAGCUUGCUUGCAAAGUUUGAGGCUACAUCAGUCUCAGGGGAUGACGAUGACUUUGAACCUGUGCCCAAGCCCGAAUAUGCACAUAGUGCUGAUGCUGCACCUCAAAUUGAUCAUGAGCCCAAGGUUAAAGACCCACCCGAACCUAAGUUACCAGGCGACGGCGGAGUUGAAGCUGGGCCUGAAUCUGAACCUAUCCUAGAUGCUGGAUUCAAAGCUGAAGCGCAACUUGAGGCUGAGCCUGAACCCAGGCCAGAGGCUAUAUCACAAGCGGAAGCUGCCAGCAAGGCUGCAGUUGAAGCAGAGCCCAUCGUCUCAAUCGAGACUGACGCAGUAUUGGCUGCUGAGACCCCGGAGGAAGUUGAGGAAGUUGUAUUCCAUGCGGAAACCACCAGUGUAGUCGAAGCUGAGGCAGUACCAGAAGAGAAUUUAAUGAACGUCGAAGAAGUUCAACCCGCUCAACCCGCUCAACCCGCUCAACCCGCCACUCAACCUAAACCGGAGGUUGACCAUGAUGUCUCCUUUGCUUCCAGCCCCGAGUCAUUCCAUUCUGCUGAGCCCCAGUCGCCAGAUUCAGUCUCUACUCAUCCUACAUCCGUGGGAGGGCACGAUCUGCCAGAGUCAGAAGAAAUCUUCAAUCUUUCGAGCACAAAAUACAUCAUUUCUGGAUUGGAAUCAGCACCAGCGGAUCCGUGCAGCACAUCACAGCACCCGAAACUCAAUAUUCCUCAAAGCGAUGAUAUCCCAAACCCAAUCAGCGCGCCUGUCCCUCCAUUAAUGCAUAGUGCAAGUUCGAACAAUCCGCCCAGGCGCUUUGCAGAUGCGUUCUCGGAUACCUCACCCUCAAUGGCUCCUACAAGCAAUGUGAAUCGACCAAGUCGUUUCACGGAUGCAUCUUCGGACACUCAAAUACGCCCAAACUCUCAUGCCAAGACCACUGCAUUGAAUACUGAUUUCGAUCACAUGAGUGCCGAGUUCCGGCGACGGGCAAAAGCCACAAGAGAGCGUGACGUUUCCCCCAUGCCUCAUUCUUCGGCAUUGUACCAACCAUCCGGCUAUCACGCUAGUAUUAAUCCCCCCCCUGCCUAUCUUUUUGUCAUUCUCCUCCACAUCGCUGCGCGCAUUGUCAUCAACCCAACUAUCCAGCCGACCAUCACCUCAACACCGAGUGAGCCAAAUUCUCAUUUCCGGCAAACAAGGAAGGAUCCAGCCACAGAGGAUGAUUUCAGCUUUCCGCUGGAGCCUCAAACUUCCUCAGAGUACGAGGAUGCUGAAAUCUUCAAGAAACUUGACCCUUGGGAUCUGGACUAG